UGCUACACAUCGUCGCAAAAGAGUACAAUUAUCCGCAGCUUACGGAAGAGGUUCUCCGUGAAGUUAGUGACAAGGAGUUCAGCAGUACAGACAAGAAAGGACCAACCUCAGUCUCUGCCUUCCUCGUUAGGAUCUCAGAGCUGCUUCCAGAAGUUGUCAUGAAGCAAAUGACGUCCCUUGCAAAGUUGGUCGAUAACGAGUCGUACACCUUGCGUAUGGCUAUGAUAGACGUGUGCGGACAGAUGGUCAUCAUGAUCAGCAAACUAUCAGAUGACGACCAACGUGGCGAAGUUGCAAAACCAAAGAUGGACACUUUUCUGGACGAACUUGAGCAGCGGUUCUUGGACAUUAACCCGUACUGUCGUGCUCGAGUGAUGCAGGUCUAUGUCAAGCUCUGCGAUCUUGAGGCACGGUUGUCCAAGCGGCGGAAGAAAGCGGCAAAAUAUGCGGCACAAAGCUUGAUGGAUAAGAGCAGCAACGUGCGACGGAACGCAAUCAAACUGAUUUCAAAACUUGUGGAGACUCAUCCCUUCACUGAUGAUGGGGGACUGCUCUCGAAGGAGAAGACCGAGCGGGAACUGGGCGACAUUGAUACUCGGAUCAACGCAUUGGUGCCAGCCGAACCUGAGAAGCCUGCGUCAGGAGAGCAGACACUGGACGAGGAAAUGCUACAGGACGCAACCCAGGUAGAAAGUGCAGCUCCAGAGCAGCCCAAGCACCCAGACGACAUGACCGAGGCAGAGAAAAUCGCAAUCAUGAAGAAGCUAGCAGACGCUCAGGAGCUAGAACAACUGCAAACGCGAAGAAAGUACUACAACGAGAAGCUAAGAUUCAUCGAGGUAGUGGACGAUGCAGCAGACGACGUCAUGCAGCUUCUUUCUGCGAAGAACAAGAGCGAAGUUAUCGAAGCGAUGGAUUUCUUCGUGAAGAUCUACGCAUACAAGAUCCCCAACGCACGCAACGGCGUUCGGCGAAUGCUCCGCCUCAUCUGGACCAAAGGCAACAGCGAUGAAGGAAAAGGCGUUCAGACUCACCUCAUCGAAUGCUACAAGGACUUAUUCUUUGUUGCCAACCCCCUCUUUGACCGCGAUCACUCUGACGAUUACAUCAUGCACAAUAUGAUCACCCUUACCUACGGCACUUCACCCGCGGAGCUCACUUCGCUCGAACAACUACUGAGCAUGAUGAUGAAGCAAGGCAUGAUAAAAGAAACGGUCGUCCAGAAGUUGUGGGCUACUUAUGCAUAUCAGAAGAAGGCGAUCUCGCGCACCAUGCGCCGCGGCGCCAUCAUCGUCCUGGGCAUGCUCGCACUUGCCAAACCUGAGAUUAUAGUCAAUGAGAUGGAACUUUGUCUGCGCAUCGGGCUUGGCGAGCUAGGUCGACGGGAUCUCGCGCUUGCUCGUUAUACCUGUAUUGCCCUCCGCCGGAUCAGCCCACCACCUGGAAAGCAGUCAGAAUCUGGGCCAGCACAGGUCGCGAAGCUGCCAAACGACCACGCAGUCUUGGUGAAGCUCGCUACUAUCUGCGAAAUUGUCUCCGACGACAAAGAGUGGUUCGGUGUGGCAGAGCAAGCUAUCAGCGCCAUCUACGUUCUCUCGAAACAUCCUGAUGUCUUGUGUUCCGAAAUUCUCCGACGGAAAAUUAAACAUGUGUUUGCGCCGCAAGCACCUUCUCGACCCACGUCUAGUGGAUCAGGCGCCGAGGAUGCCAUGGAUGUAGAUGCACCUAUGACGCCACCCCCUGACGAAUCCUCACAACCAAAGAAGCAGAAUCCUGCAUUGGCGCUUUCUCAGCUACUGUUCAUUGUCGGGCAUAUUGCCAUCAAACAGAUUGUUCACCUUGAGCUCUGCGAACUAGAGAUCAAACGCCGCAAAGCUGAGAAAGGAACGAAGAAAGCACCCACUCCGCGGCAGUCCCUUGCGGCCGAGAAUCCAUCACCAGUCAAGAAGGGUCGUAAGAAGUCAUCCGCCAAAGCCCAGACGCCAGCUGCCGAAGAAGUCGAUGAGUUGGAGCUCAUGGCUGGCCCAUCAGAAGAUGAUAUCACCGACCAUAUUGCACAUAUCCGGGAACGACAGCUUCUUUACGGCCCGGACUCGCUUCUUGCCAACUUUGGGCCGUUAGUGCGGGACAUCUGCUUCAAUAGCACAUCGUACAACCACCCCACUUUGCUGGCCCAGGCGGCGCUCUGUCUAGCGAAGCUAAUGUGUGUAAGCUCGGAGUACUGUGAGAAAAAUUUGGAGUUGCUCUUAACCAUGAUGGAACGAAGCAAAGACCCUGUUGUGCGCAGCAACCUCGUCAUCGCUUUAGCUGACAUGGCCGUCUGCUUUAAUCAUCUCAUCGACGAGAACGAGUCUCAUCUGUACCGCCGUCUUAACGAUGGCGAUCCAUCCGUCAAGCGAACAUGUCUCAUGACGCUCACCUUCCUUAUCUUGGCUGGACAGGUCAAGGUCAAGAGCGAGCUCGCCAAGAUGGCGAAGUGCAUGGAAGACAGCGAUGAUAAGAUCAAGGACAUGGCGCGCAUGUUCUUCACCGAGCUUGCGACUAAGGACAACGCUAUCUACAACCAGUUCAUCGAUAUGUUUAGUACGUUGAGCGCGGAUACGGGUCUGAAUGAGGAUGCUUUUAAGAAGAUCAUCAAGACGCUGGCAGGGUAUAUUGAGAAGGACAAACAUGCCAAGGUGCUCUCAAAGAAGCUGGCAGAACGCUUGCCGAGGGCGGAUAACGAGAAGGAAUGGAACGAUAUCGCUUUCACCCUCGGCCAGCUGCAGCAUAAGGACGAGGAGAUUACGAAAUUGGUCUCGGAGGGCUUCAAGGUUGUGCAGGCUUCGGCGUGAUUGUAUAGUGAUGGGCAUAAUGAGGCGUCUGGGAUGAGCAUUUGGGCUUCAUGAUACCUUGGGCUUUGGGAUGGAGGGUAAUGGCGUUGAGUUGAAUGAUUGGGUGUUGAUACGUGUGGUAUGAUAUAGUAAUGACAUUCAGAUUGUUGAUCCGCA